GUAGCGUUGCCAUUAGCAACCCGGCGACGCAUCUGAAAACAUGUUUAGCCACGACGCGUUUCACACGCAGAUGUCCGCCGUUAUGGAGGCGCUGGUGGAGGCUGCGGUUGUGGAGGGUCAGUUUGCAUCUCUCAUGCACACGUGGACCAGAGGUGCGGUGGACAAAGUGGCGAAGCUGCUGAAAGUGUCCGGGGCCGAUGCCGAGCCCAGUCCGGCUGCAAGUGCAUGGAAGACCACGCAGAAGAAGGCCAGGCGCACACCAGGGCGAGUUGAUGGACCCAAAAAGAGACUGCCUGUCAGAGGGUCCUAUCAGAUGAGAAAGAAAAAUGAAGGAGGAAUGGAGCCAGUAAGAGGAAAACCCGAGGUCAGCCAAGGUGAUGCUUCCACACACGAGGAGCACUGUGCUGGAUCCAGGUCUUUACCUAAGAAGCAGGACUGUGUGGACACAGAGCCAGUUUCAGAAGUUAGUGAUGAGGAUGUGGUCCAGGACAUCACGUCCACUCACAAAGGCUUGCCAGAAACCACCACUGCCAUCAGAAAGAGAAGGACGAAGACCGAGCCAAUCAAGUGCCCCUCCUGCGAGAAAACGUUUGCACAGAAGUGCUUCUUUGAUCGACACUAUUUAAGUCACUCCAAACCCCACCUGUGUUCCCAGUGUGGCAAACGGUUCGCCAGGCCGGAGGGGCUCGUCGCGCACGCCAGGCGACACACGGGAGAGAAGCUCUUCAAAUGUGCAGAAUGCGGCACAGAGUUCGCCUACAAGAGCACGUUUAACAGACACAUGCGUCAGCACAAAGUCAAGAAAACGUGCACUCACACCUGCGCUUUCUGCGAGGGCCAGUUCCCCGGGGCGCUGGCGCUGCAAAGACACAAGUGCUCGGCCUUGGGGAAGACUUUCAGCUGCUCACUUUGUCCCAGGACCUUUGAGUGCAGACGGAGUUUGGCGGAUCACGAGAACCUCCACUCGGGAGAGAGAGAUUACGUGUGUGAAAUAUGCGGCGAGCGUUUCUUCUCCGCCUCGUCCUUGUCCGUUCACAGGGUAACCCACAUGCAGAAGCACAACUGCUGCGACGAGCUCGGCCUCGGCUGCAGCGACGCCAGCGUCCUUCAAAACCACAUCAGCAAGCACACGGGAGAGAAGCUGUUCACCUGCAAUGUGUGCGGCAAAGGGUGCAGUCACCUCAGUGCCCUCAAGCACCACAUGCUCACCCACACGGGGGAGAGGCCCUACGUGUGCGAGACCUGCGGCAAACGCUGCAGCCACGCCAGCGCCCUCCAAAACCACAUGAGGAUCCACACCGGGCAGAAGCCGGGUCAGCGGCCCGUCUGCGGCGUGUGCGGCAAAUACCUCAGCAGCAUGGUGAAACUCAAGUAUCACAUGAGCGUGCACACGGGGGAAAAGCCUUACGCCUGCGACCAGUGCGGCCGAAAGUUUCGUAAUCCCAGCAAUCUCCGGAAACACAACGUCACCCACACGGGGGAGAAGUUGUAUGGUUGCACGAUUUGUAGGAGAAGGUUCACGCAGGCUAGCAGCCUGAAGCUGCACAGGCUGAUCCACACAGGGGAGCGACCCUAUCGCUGUGCCGUUUGUGGUAAGGUGUGCUCACAGCGUGCCGAGCUGAAGAAACACCAGAUGGGUCACACGCCAACAGAGUCAGUGGAUGUACAAACUUGAAGAUGCUAAUGCGGAGUGCACAUAAACAGCUACUACUGGAGUGACCAGGAUGUGAGACCAGUGGCGGCUGGUGCUAAAAAUGUUUGGGGGGGGGCGCAAUUGACCUUGGCGCAGCACACCUGACAGCUGCUUUAAUGUCCACACAGUCACAGAGUUAUUAAGAAGGACAACGUAGCCUAUAGAUGUUAUCAAGGCUCGUAGACGGUGGAUGAUUGACAGUCGAGACGAGGCGUGGUGGUGGGUGUGAACAUGAUUGGCAGCCACGAGAAUUGUCCAAUCACAUUAGAUCAGAAAACAUUACAGUUUUUUUUGAUUGCCAAGACACAUUUCUUGAAAUUAUGCUCCAUUCCCCAAAACUCUAAACACAAAUGCGUAACUGCACACUCAUCUUCACAAACUCCAAACUUCCAUGUCAAAACCAAACUCACCACUCAGAACCAUGUAAUCCUACCUCUAAACCACACCUUGCCUUCAGACGUCACACAAAAGCCAUCAAAUACACAUACACUGCAAAAUAGCCAUUACACACUGGUGAGAUCAAUUCACAACACUACCGUAAAAACCUGCUACUGCAGUGAAUAAUGGCACUUGUGGUUUCCCCCCAGAACAACCUCUGUACAUGAUGAACACCAUAUCAAGACACAACACGUGUAUAAAUCUUCAAAAUGUGUAAUUCCCCAAUGGACUGUAGUAAAAUAAACUGAAAUUGAGUGAAAAAGUAAAUGUACUGUAAAAAUAUGCAA